CCAAUGAAAAGUUUCAGAUCUGAAGAACCGGUGAGUACUACUUCAAAAAAUAAGGGAUUCACUUUUGAAACAGGGAAUUAAAGUACAACUAGAGUACAUAAAUAGUUUAAUAGCAUUAGAAAUAACAUAAAAUACCAUUUCAAAUGAAUUCUUUAAACACUGAAGAAUGUGAUAAUGAUACAUAUAGGAGUCAAGAGGCCUUUAAAAAGAUAAAAAACCUUGAAUUUUAAAAUGAUUUAUUUAUGAUGGAAAUGCAACAUGUUCAAAGAAGAAAGGAAGCUGAAUAAAAUAGAUUGAAGUUUUAAUUAUCUUCAAUAAAAUCAGAUAUUGAUUUAAUGAAAAGUUAAUUAUAAUCUCCGGUUGCAAAAGUAAAAUCAAAAUAAAAACGAUCAUAAUCAAUUGAUAGUGAAUUGUCUUCAGAUGGAAGUAGCAGUAGCAGUAGUGAUAAUAGUUAUGUCAAAUGUCCAAUUAAAUUUAAACAUUUCGAACCUAUAUAAAAAGAAUAGAUAAAGAUAGAUAGGUAUGAUAUAUAUAUAUAUAUAUUUAGUUAUGAAACAAUAGAGAAUAGAUUUAAAAAAUUAUUUCAAAUAAGUGAUGUUAAUGAGAAGUUGAAUUGGAUGGUAAAAUAAUACUUUAAUUCAUUUCAUUCAAUUUAAUUGGAUUUAUAGAAUAAUUUAUUACCUCUAUUAUUAGAAAACACUUUGAAAUUGUUAAUUGAAAUAAUAGAGAAAUUAAACUCUAUUAAAUUAGAUACAUUAUAAUUUAAAUCAUAUGAUCCAUUUUAAAAUGGUGAUAAAAAUAAUAAACGAUAUUCAAGUGAUUUAGAUAUUGAAACAAUCAAUUAAGAAUAUCAAUCAUAAGUAAAUCAUACUUUAACAGAUUAUUGUUAAAAAUUUAAUGAGUAAUAGUCUUAAAAGAAUUAAUUUUCAACUCCAUAAUAUAAAUAAUAAUAAUAAUAAGAUUAGUAAUAAUCAGCUAGAUAAUUAUAAAAUAUGAUGAAAUCAAAACCUGAUUCAAGUUGUUAAACUAGUAAUAAUUAAACUUUGGAUAAAAAGGUAAGUAUAAGUGAAAGAAGUUAAAAAAAAACAAGUAAUUAUUUUUGAUAUUUUAAUAGCUUAAAAAUGUUAAUUAAUGCCUAGUUUAAAGAAUAGACAAAAAUGA